AUGGCGUACGACAGCUCCGACGAUGAUGCGCCUCUCGCGAGGCCCAACGGACGCCUCUCCUCAUCGAUCAUCUCGCGUUCCGAGGACAAAGCCAUGGAUCGUGCUCUACCCAACGGCAAGGCCACCAUGGUUGGCCUGUCCCUGCACAACGGGCCUGUCGAGGACAGCAUGGACGUCGACGCGCCGUCCGUCAAUGGUGCAAACAAGCGCAAAUCUCGGUCGUCCAUCUCUAAAGUCAACUACCGAGACAAUUCCGAUAGUGAUGGAGAACCUUUGGCCAAGCGUCCCAAACCCACCAGCAAGCCUGCAGAAUCGGACUCCGAUGAUGAACCGAUAAGCAAGGGGCGAGCCAGAAAGAUGCCCCCUUCGUACGAUGAGACGGCACUUCCCGAGUCUUCUGACGAUGACGAUGUACCCUUGGGCCAGAGGCUUGCCAACAAAAAGGCCGCCAUCGAGAAGAAGGCGGAGUUGCAAGCCAAGGCCAUCCGCGCCAAAGAGGCAAAAGUGCAAAAGCCAACCCCCAAAAAACCGACGAAGGACGAGUCGGACGACGAGCCUCUCUCGAAGUCGGCCACGCAAAAGCGCCGUCAGUCCAACGGGGCCCCUGCAAAGAGGAAGUCAAACGGCGUCAAGAAGGAAGAGUCAGAUUCUGACGCCCCCAUUUCCAAGAAAGCAAAGUCGAAGACGGUAACGCCCGCCAAGAAGGGCAAGCCCGGGCCGCCCGCAAAGGACGGGAAGAAGGCCAAGCCCAAAGAGGAGAGCGAUGCCGAAGAGGAGUAUGCGUGGUGGAACGCCCCCAAACCCGAGGACGACUCCAUCAAGUGGCAGACUCUUGAGCACAACGGCGUCCUCUUCGCGCCAGAGUACGAGCCGCUCCCCAAGAACGUCAAGCUGUUGUACGACGGUAAGCCCGUCAACCUCAGCAAGGAGGCUGAGGAGGUGGCCAUGUUCUGGGUGGCGAUGAUGACCCCGGCUUCAUCUCAUCACCUUGAUAACCCCGUUUUCCGCAAAAACUUCUUCACAGACUUCGCCGAGUACAUCAAGAAGUAUGGUGCUACGGACGCCCAGGGCAACAAGGUCGACAUCAAGAGCCUUGACAAGUGUGACUUCUCUAAGAUCUACGACUACUGGUCGGCCAAGACCGAGGCCAGCAAGACGAAGAACUUGUCCAAGGAAGAGAAGGAAGCCGCCAAGGCCAAGAAGGACGCCCUUGAGGCUCCCUACAUGUACUGCAUGUGGGACGGCAGGAAACAAAAGGUCGGCAACUUCAGGGUGGAACCGCCCAGUCUCUUCCGUGGUCGCGGCGAGCAUCCCAAGACCGGCCGCGUCAAGACCCGCGUCAUGCCAGAGCAGAUCACCAUCAACAUCGGCAAGAAGGCCAAGAUCCCCGAACCACCGGCGGGGCACAAGUGGAAGGCCGUUCAGCACGAUCAGAAGGCGACUUGGCUUGCGAUGUGGCAGGAGAACAUCAAUGGCGCCUAUAAGUAUGUGAUGCUUGGCGCCGCCAGUGAUGUCAAGGGCCAGAGCGACUACAAGAAGUUCGAAAAGGCCAGAGAGUUGAAGAAGCACAUUGAUAAGAUUCGGAAAGACUACACGCGGGAUCUGAAGAGUGAGAUCAUGGCUGACCGCCAGAGAGCCACCGCCAUGUACCUCAUCGACAAGCUCGCUCUCAGAGCCGGCAACGAGAAGGACACGGAGAAUGAGGCAGACACAGUGGGAUGCUGUUCGUUGAAAUACGAGCACGUCACUCUUGAGCCCCCCAACACUGUCACAUUUGACUUUCUGGGCAAGGACAGUAUUCGCUACAACGAGAGUGCCGAAGUCGAGCUGCAGGUCUUCAAGAAUCUGAAGCUGUUCAAGAAGGCUCCCAAGAGGGAUGGAGAUGAUCUCUUUGAUCGGUUGACCACUACUCAGCUGAACAAGCACCUCAACAGCUGCAUGCCCGGCCUGACUGCCAAGGUAUUCCGUACUUACAACGCCUCCUUCACCAUGUCGGAGCUGCUCAAGAGCCUGCACAAAGACCCUCGCUCUAAGGGCAGCGUGGCCGAGAAGGUGAAGCUGUACAACGACUGCAAUCGCAAGGUUGCCAUUCUUUGCAACCACAAGAGGACCGUUGGCGCCGGCCAUGAGCAGCAGAUGCAGAAGCUCGGCGAUAGGAUCAAGGGCCUUCGGUACCAGAAGUGGCGGACGAAGAAGAUGAUUCUUGACAUCGAUCCGACUCAGAAGAAGAAGAAGGGCGCGGCCUGGUUCGAACUCGACGAAGACCUCGACGAGGAAUGGAUCAAGGAGCACCAGCAGUUCCUCGUCGAGGAGCAACGGACGAAGAUCACCAAGAAGUUCGAGAAGGAGAACGAGAAGCUCAAAGCGAACAAGGAGAAGCCAAUGCCCGAGAAGGAGUUGAAGGAACGCCUCCACGCGGUAAAGGAGCUCGAACAAAAGUUCAAGAAGGAGAACAAGACCAAGAAGGUCGAGGCCGAAGGCCGCGGUCCCACGGUCGAGAAGUUCAUCGCUGCCAUCGGGAAGCUCGAUGAGCGCAUCAAGACCCUGGAGACGCAAGCCGAGGACCGCGACGGCAACAAGGAGGUUGCCCUCGGCACUUCCAAGAUCAACUACAUCGAUCCGCGUCUUACCGUUGUCUUCUCAAAGAAGUUUGAUGUGCCCAUUGAGAAGUUCUUCUCCAAGACCCUUCGCGACAAGUUCCGCUGGGCCAUCAAGUCUGUGGAGGACACGGACGACUGGGAAUUCUAA